AUGAACUCACCCGUGGACCCCUGCGCCAGGCAGGCACUGAAGAAGAAGCCGCCCGAGCGCACCCCGGAGGACUUAAAUACUAUUUAUGCUUACCUUCAUGGAAUGGAAAUAUUAUCAAAUCUAAGGGAACAUCAACUUAGAUUAAUGUCUGCAAGAGCACGCUAUGAGAAAUACAGUGGCAAUCAAAUUCUUUUUUGCUCUGAAACUAUUGCCAGAUGUUGGUAUAUCCUGCUUUCUGGAUCUGUGCUUAUGAAAGACUCCAUGGUCUUGCCUCCUUGCAGUUUUGGUAAGCAGUUUGGAGGAAAAAGAGGAUGUGAUUGUCUUGUAUUAGAGCCUUCAGAAAUGAUUGUGGUAGAGAAUGCAAAAGAUAAUGAAGACAGUAUUCUUCAAAGAGAAAUUCCUGCUAGACAGUCUCGACGAAGAUUUCGGAAAAUUAAUUAUAAAGGAGAGCGCCAAACUAUUACUGAUGAUGUGGACAUAAACAACUAUUAUUCUCUUCCAGCAGAUCUUACCAAGAUACACAUCACAGACAAUCCUCAUCCACAGUUGACUCAUGUGUCUUCCAGUCAGUCUGGUUGUAGCAUUGCCAGUGACUCUGGGAGCAGCAGUUUAUCUGAUAUUUAUCAGGCUACAGAAAGUGAGGUAGGAGAUGUAGAUUUAACACGUCUUCCAGAAGGACCUGUUGAUUCUGAAGAUGAAGAGGAAGAGGAUGAAGAGAUUGAUAGAACAGAUCCACUACAGGGGAGAGAUCUUGUUAGAGAAUGUCUUGAAAAAGAACCUGCAGACAAAACCGAUGAUGACAUUGAACAAUUACUGGAGUUUAUGCACCAGCUCCCUGCUUUUGCAAAUAUGACCAUGUCUGUAAGGCGAGAACUCUGUUCAGUGAUGAUUUUUGAAGUGGUAGAGCAGGCUGGAGCUGUUAUUCUUGAAGAUGGGCAAGAGCUUGACUCAUGGUAUGUUAUUUUAAAUGGCACUGUAGAAAUCAGUCAUCCAGAUGGAAAAGUUGAAAAUCUUUUUAUGGGAAAUAGUUUUGGAAUUACUCCAACUCUGGAUAAGCAGUAUAUGCGUGGAGUUGUAAGGACUAAAGUAGAUGAUUGUCAGUUUGUCUGUAUAGCCCAGCAAGAUUAUUGGAGAAUUUUAAAUCAUGUGGAAAAAAAUACUCACAAAGUUGAGGAAGAAGGAGAAAUUGUUAUGGUGCAUGAGCACCGUGAACUAGAUCGAAGUGGAACCAGGAAAGGACACAUCGUAAUCAAGGCAACACCUGAGCGUCUCAUCAUGCAUCUAAUAGAAGAACAUUCCAUUGUUGACCCAACUUAUAUAGAAGAUUUCCUAUUGACUUAUAGAACAUUUCUUGAAAGUCCUUUGGAUGUUGGAAUCAAACUUUUGGAAUGGUUUAAAAUUGACAGCUUAAGGGAUAAGGUCACACGAAUUGUGUUACUAUGGGUAAAUAAUCAUUUUAAUGAUUUUGAAGGUGAUCCAGCUAUGACUCGAUUUCUGGAGGAAUUUGAAAAGAAUCUGGAAGAUACGAAAAUGAAUGGUCAUCUCCGGUUAUUGAAUAUUGCCUGUGCUGCAAAGGCUAAAUGGAGACAAGUGGUGCUGCAAAAGGCUUCCCGGGAGUCGCCUCUCCAUUUCAGCCUCAGUGGAGGAAGUGAGAAGGGAUUUGGUAUUUUUGUUGAAGGGGUAGACCCUAGUAGCAAAGCUGCCGAUGCAGGACUGAAACGUGGUGAUCAGAUAAUGGAAGUAAAUGGACAAAACUUUGAAAACAUUACAUUUGUAAAGGCCCUUGAAAUUUUGAAAAAUAAUACUCAUCUUGCACUGACUGUGAAGACCAACAUUUUUGUGUUCAAAGAGCUACUUAGUAGAACUGAACAGGAGAAAUUUGGUGUACCUCAUAUUCCCAAAAUUGCUGAAAAAAAAAGUAAUCGCCAUUCAAUCCAGGAUGUACCAGGAGAUCUUGAACAGACAUCACAGGAGAAAGGAAAUAAGAAAAUAAAAGCAAAUACCGUUUCAGGCGGAAGAAACAAAAUCAGGAAAAUUUUGGAUAAAACAAGAUUUAGUAUCUUGCCUCCAAAACUAUUUAGUGAUGGAGGCCUGAGCCAAUCGCAAGAUGAUAGCAUUGUGGGAACAAGACACUGUAGGCAUAGUCUUGCUAUAAUGCCUAUUCCUGGAACUCUCUCAUCAAGCAGCCCAGAUCUCCUACAGCCUACUACCAGCAUGUUGGAUUUUUCCAAUCCUUCAGAUAUUCCUGAUCAAGUUAUAAGAGUUUUCAAAGCAGAUCAACAGAGUUGCUACAUUAUCAUCAGUAAAGACACCACAGCUAAAGAAGUUGUCUGUCAUGCUGUUCAUGAAUUUGGUUUGACUGGUGCCUCUGAAACAUAUUCUCUCUGUGAAGUUUCUGUUACUCCUGAGGGUGUCAUAAAGCAAAGAAGACUUCCAGAUCAGUUCUCCAAAUUAGCUGAUAGAAUUCAGCUCAAUGGAAGAUAUUAUUUAAAAAAUAACAUGGAAACAGAAACCUUGUGUUCAGAUGAAGAUGCUCAAGAAUUGGUAAAGGAAAGCCAGCUAUCCAUGCUGCAACUCAGUACCAUUGAGGUGGCCACUCAGCUGUCAAUGAGGGACUUUGAUUUGUUCCGUAACAUUGAGCCAACAGAAUACAUUGAUGACCUUUUUAAGUUAGAUUCCAAAACAGGAAAUACUCACUUGAAAGAGUUUGAGGACAUUGUAAACCAAGAGACAUUCUGGGUUGCCUCAGAGAUUUUAACUGAAUCGAAUCAGCUCAAACGAAUGAAAAUCAUUAAGCAUUUCAUUAAAAUUGCACUUCAUUGUCGAGAAUGUAAGAACUUCAACUCCAUGUUUGCAAUAAUAAGUGGUUUGAACCUGGCAUCUGUAGCACGACUCAGAGGAACUUGGGAGAAGUUGCCAAGCAAAUAUGAGAAACACCUCCAAGACCUGCAAGACCUUUUUGAUCCAUCUAGAAACAUGGCAAAAUAUAGAAAUAUUCUUAGUAGUCAAAGCAUGCAACCUCCAAUUAUUCCACUCUUCCCUGUUGUCAAGAAAGAUAUGACAUUCCUACAUGAAGGAAAUGACUCCAAAGUAGAUGGUUUAGUAAAUUUUGAGAAGUUACGAAUGAUUGCCAAGGAAAUCCGCCAAGUUGUUCGAAUGACUUCUGCUAACAUGGAUCCAGCUAUGAUGUUCCGCCAGAGGAAGAAGAGGUGGCGGAGUCUGGGGUCAUUAAGUCAAGGCAGCACAAACUCAAACAUGCUAGAUGUUCAGGGAGGUGCUCACAAAAAAAGGGCACGCCGUAGCUCCCUGCUUAAUGCCAAGAAACUGUAUGAGGAUGCCCAAAUGGCAAGGAAGGUAAAGCAGUAUCUCUCUAGUCUGGAUGUAGAGACAGAUGAAGAGAAGUUCCAGAUGAUGUCAUUGCAUUGGGAACCUGCAUAUGGUACCUUGACCAAGAAUUUAAGUGAGAAGAGAUUAGCCAAAUCAUCAGAAAUGUCUCCAGUGCCUUUGAGGUCAGUUGGCCAAACAGCUAAGGCCCACUUACAUCAGCCUCACAGAGUGAGCCAGGCACUUCAGGUGCCAGCCGUUAACCUGCACCCCAUUAGGAAGAAAGGACAAUCAAAGGACCCCAUCGCGUUAAGUACAAGUUUACCUCAGAAAGUAUUAGGAGCAACUGAAGAAAUAAGUGGUAAGAAACAUACAGAAGAUACUAUUUCCAUGGCAUCAUCCUUACAUUCUAGUCCUCCUGCAUCUCCUCAAGGUUCUCCUCGCAAAGGUUAUACACUUACACCAUCAGCUAAAUCUGACAACUUAUCUGACUCCAGCCAUAGUGAGAUUUCUUCACGUUCCAGCAUUGUGAGCAAUUGUUCUGUUGACUCCAUGUCUGCAGCUCUACAGGAUGACCGGUGUUCCUCCCAGCCUGUGGCAGUCCCUGAACCCACUGGGACCUUGGAAAAGACAGAGCACUCCUCAGGGAUAGGAGACCAUAGUCAGCUGGGUCCUGGGUGGACACACUCAAAGCCACCUCUAAUCAAGAGUUUAGCUGUCUCAUCCUCUGUGAGCACUGAAGAGAUUUCUCAUGAGCAUGUCAUCAUAGAAGCAGCUGAUAGUGGGCGUGGCAGUUGGACUUCCUGUUCAAGCAGUUCCCAUGACAACUUCCAAAGCCUUCCAAACCCAAAAGGCUGGGAUUUCUUGAACUCUUACCGACAUACACAUUUGGAUGGUCCCAUUGCAGAAGUCGAACCCACCGAUUGUGAGCCAUAUUCCUGUCCUAAAGACUGUUCUAGAACUUGUCAGUGUAAAGGAAACCUAGAGACUCAUCAGACGAGACAGAGUUGGGCCUCCUCCAGUUCUCUCUCUGAUGCUUAUGAACCAAACUAUGGGACAGUUAAACGAAGAGUGCUGGAAAACACUGCAGUGGGGUCUUCUGAAGGUUUGGACCCCAAGGAUGGCACUGACCCAGUAUAUAAAACUGUUACAUCAAGUACAGAAAAGGGCUUGAUUGUGUACUGUGUCACCUCACCCAAGAAGGAGGAUAGGUAUAGGGAGCCACCUCCCACUCCUCCAGGAUACAUGGGGAUUUCUUUAGCAGACCUAAAGGAAGGACCCCACCUCCACCUAAAACCUCCAGAUUAUAGUGUGGCAGUGCAGAGGUCAAAGAUGAUGCAUAACAGCCUUUCUAGAUUGCCAUCAGCUCCUCUCGGUAGCAGCCCCGUGGCCUGUUUUCCAUCGAAGAUUGUAACUCAGCCUCAGAGGCCUAAUUUGCAGCCAUCCCAUCCUAAACUUGCAGAUGUGACUGACGCAGAUAGUGAAGCAGAUGAAAAUGAACAGGUUUCAGCAGUCUAGCCUCUGGAUGACCACUUGAAGACUACUGAUGGUCAUGGAAGGAGUGGACAGAACCUCAUGUGAUUCUGCAGGACGUUGCCAACAGCUUGCUGCUGCUACUCAUUCAGAGGUUUCACUCCCUGUCCUCUGAGCAAUGAGAUAGCCUGAAUCAUGCUUCCUUUCAGUUAAUCCUUGCAGAUGCAUAGCUUCUCAGCUAUGUGUGUUGUGCCUGGAUGCCAGUUUUCAGUUUGUACACCAGACCUGCCUUGGGACCACAGCUGCUAGUACAGAUUCAAACUGAGUCCUCCCCUAUGUAUCUCAACUACAGAGUUUUUAACAAGUUUUCAGAUGUACUGUCAUUAUUUCCAGCCUUUGCUGGGAUCAACAGAUGAAUUCCAAAUGCCUGCCUUUAUCAAGAAUAUUCUUGUGUAUUUGAAAAGUAACUUAUUUUAACUUUGGUGUUUUCUUUAUGUUCAGGAGCUCUCAUUAGCUGAUGUUUUUGUUUGAGGCCAUAAAACAGAAGUCAUCUUUACAGGAUAAACUGCUUGAUCUGUACAAAGAUAUAACUAGAUCUUUAGCUUCAGUGUAAUGCAGGGUCUCAGUUUGAGUGGUAGAGGUGUUAUGAUGGUCGGUACUGGCAUCUGCAGGGAUUCAAAAGGCCAAGUGAAGCUGCCACAGAGUUUUAUCAGUUCUUUGUGAAAGGGGCGGGAGGGAGAAUAUAAAGGGUGAAGAGCAACCCUAAAUUCCAAAGAAUGAAAUUUUUAUGCUAAAUAACAUGUAUGACCAACUAUGAAGUAGAAAUCGAGUUGCAUCUAACUAUAAUUAAAAGUAUAAAUCCAUUAAAUAGAUAAUGGGUUCUAGAGAAUUCUAUCCUAUGAAUUCCAAAUAGAAAGUUUUUUCAAAAGGAAAUAUAAUCAUUGGUGGUGUAAUCAUGAAGAUGAAUUGAGCUUUCCCAUGUAGUGUUUUCAAACAUCCCACCCCCAGUUUUCCAGCUUGCCUGUAUGAACCUCAUUAUCCCAAUGAAAUAUAAUUGAUUAAGUUUUGUGGGAAAGGAGAUGGAAUUAUAGAAGUGAUUAUCUCCUGGAUCUCAGUUUAGCCCUUGAGAAAAUGAGAUACAUAUUUUAACAGCAUUCUUAAGUAUUUAAUUAAAAUUUCAGUGACUGUUUAUUGAAUGACCUAAGCUUUUUAACAUUUUUUUAAAAGUAUAAUUUUUUAUAGCUUAAGUUUAAAUUUUUCCUUUGU